AUGCUCAUCAAAACCAUUAUCGGUCUUUCCCUUCUUGGCUAUGUCAACGCCGACAUCCAGGUAUCUUUGAUCAGUACCGGCGGAGUCAGUAUUCCAUACAAUGUGGACUCUACUGGAAGUUGCUUUAGCCUUAACGGCGGUACUCUCGCCCAGUUCAACGACAAUCUCCAACAAAUGGUGAUUCCGAGUGGCUACGAAUGCACAAUCUGGGAGUAG